GAGUAUUUGCUCGUCUGCUCUCUCUCUCUCUCUCUCGCCUGCAAACAUGUCCUCAUUUUCGCCUCUGAAUUCGCGAUUUUCUCUGGCUUAACCUACGCACUCUGGCGCAGGAAAUGGAGGGGUCGUCCAUUGUAUCGAGAGCGAGGACGGCCUUCCAUUCAGCGGCAGCUAAAGCGGAGAGAGUCUUCACGGACAUUAAAAAAUCUGAUUUAACAACCAAUCGAGAUUCUGAUGAAUUCUCGCCGAAUACGACCUCAAGACCAGAGUCUCCAAGCAACGACGCCGAGUCAAAGAGUUACCAUGAAGUAAAGUAUCUGAGGCGGAAACCAGCACCAAUAAAGACAAAACAGGAUUGGCAGGAGAGGUUGAAAAACAUAAGAAUAGGGAAAAAAGGAAUUGAAGACAUUGAGAAAGCUGAAAAUGCAACCAUGGCCUUCACAAUUUUUGAUGAAAAUUUGUACAUGAUGAGGGUGAGAGAUGUUUCUGAAUCAAAGGGUUCAGAAAUGGGUUCCUCAGCAGAAGAUGUGAAUACUAGGAACGUGGGUAUCAUUCCUCCAACAACUGUCAUAAAGCAAUUAGCUAUAGAUGUUGAGGCUGGAAAAAAGUUCAAGUCAAUGAAAGAUCUUCUGGCAUCAUCCAGAGAUUCUUCACCUGUCAUGGAGAGAGCUGGCUUGAGCUUUUCUGCGGUGAAGUCAUUAGUGCUCCGUGAAAAGGAAGAAAAAGUUACAUCUGAGUUUGGUGCUGAUGAGAAAGUCCUGUCGAUGAUCAAUUCGCUACUUGAAGCAGAAGGACAUUUUCCAGAAAGGAAAAUCGACUCUGGUCCAGAAACACUUACAAAUAUGACGUCCUCAGCUAAAGAUAUUCAUGGCGCUCCUCCUGGAAGCUUUGUUGUCAAGCUCUCUGAAGCCAUUGGAACCUUCAGAACCCUGAAAAAUGUGGCGUUCUUUUGGUUCAGGGUUGUUGCUGAACUGAGAAGACUUUGGUCUGAAGAACAAUAUGUUCCUGGCAUCCCUCCAGAUGAAAUUCCAGACUUAAAUUCCUGUCUCUUGUAUCAGCAAUUGCAGGUUAUCAACUGUUGUGUCUCCAGAAAAAGGCGCCGCUUAAUUGCCACUGAAUCGCUGGAUUCUGUAAUUAGUCAAGCUAAUUCAAAUGUUGAAGAAUCUGCUGUUUCUGACGGCAUGGUUCCUGCAAGCACUAUUCUCUAUGCUAGUAUUAGUACUGGGGAACUUGUUCUCCGGUUGGGAGCUGAUAAACUGUUUGACAAUUUAACAAUGCUUGAAACUGGUGAACCUGUAUAUACUCCUGUUACGCAGGAAGGGCCUUUGCUUACCGAAGAUCUUAUCAAAGAAACAGAGGAAUUUGUGCUACGAACAGGGAGUGUCGGUGCUGGAUGUUCUCAACUUCUCUCAGACAUGCAGGCUUUCAAGGCCGCAAACCCAGGUUGUAUAUUAGAAGAUUUUGUAAGAUGGCACUCCCCCCCUGAUUGGAUGGAAACCGAGAUGACGAAUGAAGCUGAAGACACUGUUGAUAGCAGUGAUUUAAUGUCUACAAGAGGUCAACUAAGUAGUCGAAUGCAGAAAAAAGGUAAUCUGUGGCGCGAACUGUGGGAAACAGCGAAACCAGUUCCAGCUGUUAAGCAAGCACCCCUCUUUGAUGAGGAUUUGGCUGUGGAAGGUAUUUUAAAUGUCUUAGAGGAUAUCCCACCUUCUGAGCUUCUGGAACAACUUUUUCUCUCUCUUCUGUGUUCCGGAUUUGUAUUAGCCGAGGCCUCACUUCCCACAGAUAGUAGUUUGUCAAAGCUGUUCUGUGAGUGCAAAGACUAUGUUGUCACAAUUUGUCAAGGCAGCAUGUGGACAGAGAGAGUCGAUGAUAUAUGCCAGGUGUAUGAAACAGUGGAGACGAUGUUUCUGAACCCAGAUGAAGUUCUAAAGAUAUUAAAACAGCCAGAAGAAAGCACUCCUGCAGGUGAACCAAAACGUCGUUUUAGGAGGCUUAGCCUCUUCUUUGGAGGCAAGAAUAGGCACUCAGGAAAACCAGUAUCAAGAAACCAAAACAACUCAGAAGAAAACUCGAUACGCCCAUCAUUCUCAUCUAUUUUUUCAAAGAAGCCUCCCAAACCCGACGUUGCAUACCCAAAAGAAAAACCCAGCUGUCCGGAUGAAUAUGAUUGGACAGUUGUCCCAAAAUUUAAUUGAUCUCACAGGCAAUUGUAGAUUAUUUUGAAUAACCAGCUAAAGGAACUGCCUAGUUUGGAAUUGUAUCUCGUUUGAUUGCAAAAGAAUGAAGAAAUGGAAAGGCCUUUUUUGAUCUC